AUGACCACUGAGGAAAAUACACAGCAAUUCCCACCACCGACAACUGACACCUACAAACAAGUCACAGUCGCGCGACCAACCCCAAUCGAGCGCGGCAAUGGCGACUGCACAUUGCAGGUCAAUGGCCAAGAUUGUACGCUAGAGACCAGCGACCGGGAUUGCACACUCGAAGUCGAUAGACGGGUCGAGGAUUCGAAUAAGGAAGCUGUCAAUCACAAUCAAGUAGAAGCAGAUGAAAGUGGGAACGGAGGUCCCGAGCUUAGUUCUCCUGUGCAGCGCAAGCUGAGAUCUCAUCGGAAAUGGUACAUCUGCGGUGGUGUUGGUAUUGUGGUUAUUUUGAUUGUUAUUAUUGUGCCCACGCUAAUUGCCACGAAGCAUUGA